CCAGCGAAUGGACCAAGAUCAUGGGCACGGUCUCCGAGAUCGGUGGCGAGCCGACCGCCUCUUGUGUUUUGAUAUCAUUUGUUCUGUCUGAAUCAUCGUGGUCAGUUACGACUUUAUUCACUACUCAGCUUGGCCCUCACAAAAGUCCAUCGAAUUCAACGUUUCUUGGCCUGGUACCGGUGACAAUAGCCGAGACCUAUCGAUGAGCGCCCAGAUUUGGGUCUAGCCUUGAGUCCAGCAGAAUUUGGGCCGUCUUUCCGGGAAAAUAGCUUGGCCCGUACUCCGUACUGCAAUUGAUGUCGAGCGAGCCUUUCCACUCCGAUCAGGAUGGAAUCCAAAAAGACGGACCGGUGAGCCUCGAGAGUCAUCGAGAGAAGGAGGCCGCCACAAAGGCGGAUCAUCUCUCAGCAGCAGAAGAAGCUCCUGAGUCAGGCUCUUCAGAGUCUUCUGUCAACCAGACACCAACUCUCACGCGCGAUGAAGAGCGGCAUAGCGAGAAUGGAUCCCUCGAGAGAACGCCCACAGAACCAGACGUGGCAGCGCAAAGACUGCAAGCACAGCGUACCACGACUACUGCGUCAGCGGCGGGCCCCGUCCAUUCGGUUUUCACCAAGAACCAGAAGAGAUUUAUCGUCUUUAUGGCUUCGUGGGCUGGGUUCUUCUCGCCUGUUUCCGGACAGAUCUACUUUCCCGCGCUCAACCCUCUGGCGAGAGAUCUGAAGGUGUCGGAUUCGCUUAUCAAUUUGACCUUGACUUCGUACAUGAUUUUCCAAGGCCUCGCCCCAACAUUCGUCGGAGACUUUGCGGACGCAGCGGGUCGGCGGCCUGCUUACGCUGUCUGCUUUAUCGUCUACAUUCUAGCGAACAUCGGCCUGGCCCUUCAAAACAGCUAUGCCGCGCUCUUCGUGCUUCGAUGCGUCCAGAGUACGGGGAGCAGCGCGACCAUCGCCAUGUGCAGCGCCGUGGUAUCAGAUGUUGCCACGGCCGCGGAGCGUGGGAAGUACAUGGGCUUCACUCUGGCCGGAUCUUUGCUGGGACCUGCUAUAGGUCCGGUCAUUGGGGGUAUCCUGGCUGACUUUCUGGGGUGGCGAGCGAUCUUUUGGUUCCUGACCAUUAUGGGAGCCGCAUUCUUGCUUGUUUUUGCGAUCUUCUUUCCCGAGACAGCACGCAAUCAGGUCGGAAACGGCUCGAUACCGCCCAAAGGGUGGAGUAUGUCUCUGAUGAAUUACCUUGCUGUUCGAAAAGCGCGGAGACUUCAGCCUAAUGAUGAUCUGUCUACGGAUAACGACGCCGCGGCGACGCUGCCAAAGCGACAGGAAUUCCGCUUCCCAAAUCCUCUCCGGUCGAUGGUGCUGAUCCUGGAUAAGGAGAAUUUCCUGCUCCUGUUCUACAACGCUUUCUUGUUCGCGGCGUUCUACGACGUCACAGCUGCUAUCCCGUCUCAAUUCAAGGAGAUCUACAACUUCAGUGUCCUACAAAUCGGUCUCUGCUACAUCCCCAUGGGCGUAGGCUCGAUGUGUGCGGCCCUGACGAACGGCCAACUCCUCGACCGCAACUUUGCACGCUGGUGCAAGAAGCUGGGCGUCAAAAUCAAAAAGGGUCGGAACCAAGACCUGAGCAAUUUUCCCAUCGAGAAGGCGCGGCUGCAGAUCGCAUUCCCGGCGGUCUACUCGACGGCGAUCCUGGUGUGCUUGUUUGGCUGGAUUAUGCAUGUCAACGGGCCGUUGGCGGCCAUAUUGGUGGUGCUGUUCUUCAUGAGCUUGAGCAUGAGCGUUUCGUUCAAUGUCACGAGUACGUUGUUGAUUGAUUUUUAUCCCACCAGCCCGGCGACGGCGACGGCCGCAAACAAUGUCGUCAGGUGUGUUUUGGGAGCUGGUGCGACGGCGGCUGUGGUUCCAAUGAUUAACGCCAUGGGGAGAGGGUGGACAUUCACGUUUCUGGCGCUGUUCUUGAUUGCAACGAGCCCGAUGCUUUGGUGUGUGUAUUUUCGGGGCUUGCAGUGGAGGAGGGCGAGGAUGGACAGGGAGGAACGCGCGAAGAAGUCAAAGGAGGAGGCGGCUAGGAAGGGAGGGGGUGGCGAAGAUGCGACCAUGGAUGGGAGUGGGCAGCCGCCUGUGGAAGGAACGGUCCCAGAGAUGGUGGGCGUGGUUGAGAAGGAGAAGGAGACGGAGGUGAGAAAUGCACCAGACCGGAAUGACGAUGAGGGUCACAAUACAACACUCUCUAGGACGUUUUCGUAUGCAUCCGGCUACUGAGUAUGGGACACAUGGCGAGGUAUUACAGACAAUUCUCGAUCAAUGGUGUCAGGCUCUCUGCUUUUUGGUGUCAAUGCCUGGACUUUUGCAUGGUGUGUACGCUCGUGCAGCAUCGGGUAAGUCAUUGCGACGUGGUUUGAUGGAAGGCAAGAUGUUCAUGCUGCUUCCCUUAUGAUUUCAGAGUUUGGAUCUGAGGCAUCAGCUCAUAUGAGCUCCUCUUUGCAUCAUGUCAUUCACUUCAUGCGGGAGGUGACGAUGCAAGUCCCGGGAGUUGUGUUCCGAUUCGGAUAGCGAUCCCCGUGAGUCUGUCCUCCCAGUCUUCAAGAACUGACCUGGUUAUGCAAGGACAUCUGGAACUGUACAAGUAGCUCGUACUCGUGGACAAAAGAAGAGUCGUCACUUUAACGUCAGAGGAGCCAUGGUUGGGACCCUGGACUUGUUCUUCC